AUGAUGAUAAAAAUAAAUCAUUUGUUAUCAUUAAAUCAAAAAGGUAUUGAUCCAUUAUCAUUUAAUGUAUUAGCGAAAGAUGGAAUCUUGGCAUUAAGACGUGCUAAACAUCGAAAUAUGGAACGCUUGACUUUAACAUAUGAUGAUGAAGCUAUGAAUUUGCUUGAAAAUUUAACAAAAGAAUAUCUUGGCUUUGCUGAAGAUGUUUAUGAACAUAGUGAAGAAAAAUUUACUUUUGUUGAAGGUUGUAUAAUUCCUAGUGAUGAUGCUUUUGAAAUAGUUACUCAUCAAGUACUUACUCAAUAUAAGAAACAAGUAAAAGAUCGUGCACGUUUAGGUGUUCAAACAUUUGCUGAAUCAUUAUUAAUUAUUCCAAAGGCUAUUACUCAAAAUACUGGACAUAAUCAACAAGAAACAAUUGUUAAAUUUCAAUAA